AUGGAUCCACACUUAGAAUCUCGCUUGAGCCGGUGGUUGCAUGAAGAACAAGAUGAUGAAGAAGUGAUUCAAAGUGAAUCUGGUGAUGGGGAAGAAGGAGUACAACCAAUGGAACAGGAAGACCUGGCACAGGAAGCCGUUAACGAAAACCAUGCGUCAUCGUCUGAAGAUGACAUGCCUCUUUCUGAACUCGCUCAAAACAAUACACGAGACGAUGUUUAUGUAUCUAGAAAUGGAACACGGUGGAGUAAAACAUGUACUGCUGCAACACGGGUAAGAUCUCAAAACAUCCGGUUUAGACCUCCAGGUCCAAAGGGUGCUGCAAGAAACGCUGAAACGCCAUUAUCUUGUUUCGAUCUAUUUUUUGAUGCGAGUAUUUUCGAUAUCCUUGUUACUUGCACGAAUAUUUACAUCGAUAAAAUACAGAACCGUUACCAGAGAGAGAGAGAUGCAAAGAGAACUGAUUUGGUUGAAAUGAAAGCGCUAAUUGGAUUGUUACUAGGCAUAGGAGUCUCGCAUUCAGGUCGUCGUAAUCUCAAUGACUUCUGGGACAAUUCCAAAGGUACAGGGCUGCAGCUUGUAUACUGCACUAUGUCUAUAAACCGAUUCAGGUUUCUUUUACGUGCCCUUCGAUUUGAUGAUGUAAAUGACAGAGAAGAACGACGUUGCCUUGAUAAAUUGGCACCCAUUCGAGCAAUUACACAAAAGAUGAUUUACGUUCUCAGUGGAGUAUCUGGAUUUGCGUAUAAAAUCGAACCCGAAACUGGCUCAGAAAAUGUGGUACUGCCCAACGAACCUGAUCUUGGUGCUUCCUCAAAUGUUAUCGUGCGUCUAUCAAGAGAAAUACCUCGCAACCAUAAUUACAGAUUAUAUUUUGACAAUUACUUUACAAGCUUGCCACUGCUAGAAUACUUGUCACAAAACGGUAUACUGAGUCUUGGUACAAUACGCCGAAACAGGAUUCCAGAUUGCAAAUUACCUACAGACAAAGAAAUAUCCAAAAAAGACAGAGGCUAUUCUGUUGAGUAUGUUGCUAAUGUCAACGGUGUGGAUGUAGCAACCGUAGCCUGGAAAGUUAACAAAGUAGUAAAUUUAGCAUCCAGUUUUGUCGGAGAAAUGCCAAAAGCACAGGUGAGGAGGUAUGACAAGAAGACCAAGCAGUACAUAACAAUUGAUCGUCCAAAUAUUGUUGGAGAAUAUAAUCGCCACAUGGGUGGCGUAGACCUUAUUGAUAGCAUCAUGGGAUGCUACAAAAUACGGCUUCGUAGCAAAAGGUGGCAGGUUAGAAUGUUUCAUCAUUUAUUGGACUUGAGUAUGGCAAACGCAUGGCUUCUUUACAAAAGAAUUCAUAAGGCUAAGGGAUUGCAGGAAAAACAUUUGAACUCGGCUGAUUUUCGGCUUCAAGUUGCUACAACUUUAUGUAAGCUUAGUGUACCAUCGAAGAUAAAGAACCGUCGAUCUAUCGAAAACGAACUUCAAUCAAAACGACACAAAGGUCCAGCACAACAUGUUCCUCCAGUGGCAAUCAGGCAGGAUCAGACAGGACACUGGCCUGUUUGGACAGAAAAGAGUGUGGCGUUGCUUUGUGCUACCUUUCACCUAAGUUACCUUUAUGAUGCAGUGUGA